UCCUUCCGCGACAAAAAUAUAAAAUUGCCCUUCUCAUUUCCCACAAUCCAGCAGGCCGAACCCAACGUCCUAUAAAAGCCCCCCUGCAGCGCCUCCAGAGUCGUCCAUCACAAGCAAAAAAAGCAGCAUCACCAGAAGCAGCAGCAGCCGCUCUACAUGGCGAGGCGCUCCUUAAGCUUGGCUUCGGCCCUCGCGGUGCUCCUGUCGGGCACCGCCGUGUGCGCCUGCCUCGACGUCGGCUUCUACGACAGGACGUGCCCCUCCGCCGAGGCCGUCGUGCAGCAGACCGUCGCCGCCGCCUUCAGGAACAACUCCGGCGUCGCUCCGGCCCUCAUCCGCCUGCACUUCCAUGACUGCUUCGUCAGGGGCUGCGAUGGCUCGGUCCUGAUCGACUCGACGCCCAACAGCAGGGCGGAGAAGGACGCGGGGCCCAACAACCCGAGCCUCCGGUUCUUCGACGUGGUCGACAGCGCCAAGGCGGCCGUCGAGGCCCGGUGCCCCGGGGUGGUCUCCUGCGCCGACAUCCUCGCCUUCGCGGCGCGGGACGGCGUCGCGCUCGCCGGCGGCCUCGGCUACCAGGUGCCGGCCGGACGCCGCGACGGCCGGGUCUCCCUCGAGGCGGAUGCGCUCAACGACCUGCCGCCGCCGUUCUUCAACGCCACCGAGCUGGUUGACAGCUUCACGUCCAAGAACCUCACCCUCGAGGACAUGGUCGUCCUCUCCGGCGCUCACUCCAUCGGCGUCUCGCACUGCAUCCACUUCUUCGACCGGCUCUACAACUUCACCAACACAACCGACGGAAUCGAUCCGGCUUUGAGCAAGGCCUACGCAUUUCUGCUCCAGCGCAUCUGCCCGAGGAACACCAGCCAGUUCUUCCCGACGACGACGACAUUCAUGGACCUCAUCACGCCGACCAAGCUCGACAACAAGUACUACGCCGGCCUGAUCAACAACCUGGGCCUCUUCCGAUCGGACGCGGCUCUGCUGACCAACGCGACGAUGAAGGCGCUCGUCGACUCCUUCAUCCGCAGCGAGGCCACGUGGAAGAGCAAGUUCGCCAGGUCCAUGGUCAAGAUGGGGCAGAUCAGCGUGCUGUCCGGGACGCAGGGCGAGAUCAGGCGCAACUGCAGGGUCAUCAACCCUGUCAAUGCGGCCGAUGUUCUCGCCGGGUCAGGUUCUUCAGGGUUAAGUGGAGUGGCGACAAGCUAAUUGGCUGUCAGUAGAUGUAAUAAAUGCAGUGUGCACAGUGAUGUGUAGUGUAAUAAAUGUGUGAUGUUGCAAUAAGAAGUGAGGCAAUCAGCUAGGUAGCUUGCUUGCUACAGAAGCAUGAAGACAUCGAAACUAAGGAAAAAAAAAAGAGGUGACCAUUUGUUGUAGUCUGUUUUGUAAGUUGAUGUUCAUUUGUGCACUUGAGAGUCUUCGUGAGGAUGCUAAUCUGUGACAAAUGUUGCUGAUCUUCGCAAACUUGUGAUGUUCAUCUGAUUAGCAAAUUAAAUAAAAUUGACUGUUGAUAGAUUGAUCGUUUAGUUUUGAGAGAAUACAUACUGACAAUUGCAUUACAAAAUCUUCAUGAAAGCUGUCAAUGUUGUCACUUGUCAGAAAGCAGCUGUGAUGUGCAACUCGUGGAUUCCUUCAUCAUUUAUAAUCCAAAUUCCCAGAGAAAAGGUGGUUGAC